CUGAGUAGAGCAGGGCGCUUCUCUGCAGCUCUCCGUCUCUUUCCAACUUCGCCACACUUCCCUACUUCCUGUGUCACUGAAGCUCCGGGCUACUCGGCGAAAUGGCCGCGUUCCUGCGAGCUCGCAAAUAUGUCUGUUGUGUUGUCCGUUUCUCCGACCGUGAACUGUAAACGCUAGUGUUGACCGCUUGUGAGGAUAAAAAAGGAGACCAACUGGCCAAGCUGUUAUGGCUGAAGAAAACACAGACGUCGGAGGUACGAUAGAGGAUGAAGAUGAAGGUUCAGAUGACCCAAACCUUCAGCUGCAGCUCAAUGCGUUCAGAGCUCAGUGGAUGUCUGAACUCAAACCGAGCUCUGGAGCAAGUGGAACGAGUGACCGACUGCUGCGAGCUAAAGGUCUGAAGAGGACACAGGACAGUGCUCGGGAGGAAAAAGCCACAGAACUGUUCUUGAGAGCUGUUCAGGAAGAGCAAAAUGGAGCUGUCUAUGAGGCUAUCAAGUUCUAUCGCAUGGCUAUGCAGCUUGUACCUGACAUUGAGUUUAAAAUCAACUACAGCCGUCCUCCUGAUGCAGACCGAGUUGGAGGAAACUACAUGGAAGAUAAUGAUGUUGAUGGUGAGAUUGAGGAUCUACUUGCCUACUUUGAGCAGGAGCUCACUAUGGAAAGCUCCUUUCCAAAGAUCUGCACUCCUGAGUUGGACAUAACUCAGAUGCACAUUUCAGCCUUGCCGCGGGAAAUCCUGAUGUACAUAUUUCGUUGGGUUGUGUCUAGUGACCUGGACAUGCGAGCCCUGGAGCAGCUCUCUUUGGUUUGCCGUGGGUUUUACAUUUGUGCAAGGGACCCUGAGAUUUGGCAUUCAGCCUGUGUAAGAGUGUGGGGACGUAACUGCACCAAAGUUGUGCCCUUCAAAUCCUGGAGGGAGAUGUUUCUGCAAAGGCCUCGCGUCCGUUUUGAUGGUGUCUAUAUCAGCAAGACAUCAUACAUUCGUCAAGGAGAGGAAUCGCUGGAUGGAUUUUACCGGGCUUGGCACCACGUUGAGUACUACAGGUACCUCCGGUUCUUUGCUGACGGCCACGUCAUCAUGCUGACCACCCCUGAGGACCCUCUGUCUGUUGUUCCUCGCUUGCGUACUAGGAACACCAGAAUGGAUUCUGUUCUGCUCGGUCAUUUCCGUCUGUCACAGGAGACAGACAAUCAAACCAAAGUUUUUGCUGUUGUCUGCAAGAAAAAGGAGGAGAAAGCGGCCGAGUUUCAAAGGAAUCGGUUCUGCAGGCGGAACCCACCUCCGGAGGCUGAACACAGCUUCCACGUGGGACUGCAUCUGUCCUCUGGGGGGCGUCAGAGUUUCAGUAAGCUGGUGUGGAUCCACCACUCCUGCCACAUCACUUACAAGCUGACUGGGGAAACGGUUGUCACGGCGUUUGACCUGGACAGGAUGUACACACCCUUCUUCUUUGCACGUGUGAAGAGUUACACUGCUUUCUCCGAGCAGCCUCUUUAAGCAGCCUGGAGACCUGCACAGGAUCCCACAGCAAAAGUCCAUUCACCAUUUUAACAAAAUGCAUACUCCUCAGCCUGUUUAAUUUGUGCUGCAGCUGGAUUAUAGUGUUAAUAUAAGAACCCUCAUGUUUCUUAAAUGCGAGCAUGUUACGUUUCUGGUUUACAUAAUAGAAUACUACUUAUUUUCUGAUUUCAGAAAUGAUGGUAUUGUGAUGAGAGCUAAAAUAAUUAGCACCCUUUCCCGCCUGUUCCAAGCAAUGAAUGUUCAUACUAUUUUUGUUUCAUGGUGCACUUUCUCCCUCAAAUAAACAGUGGUGAAGAGAA